AUGGUUCAUUCGGCCGCGUACUGGCGCGAGCGUUGCAUCGGCGAUUCGUCCACGGAGAAAGAGGAGAACACACCGCCGAACCUGUACCGAGGUGUCGCUGCCGGUGAGAAGGAUGGCUACAGCUCUACUGGGACUUGCUCUAUCCUGGCGGAUUUGCCUCCGCGACAACCAAAAGAUGAAGAGGCUCGUCCUGUUGCUGAUGAUUUGGAGGAGCCAGCAACUUCGCCACUAGUACGUCCGCCGCGCAGCCCGACAACAUCAUCGCCAGUUCCUCAACAUCGAAUUAGCUACUGUGUACCAUUGUAG